AUGCGAGCAAGUAGCUUGAAAAGCUUGAGAGCAUCAGCUGCUUUUCUCGUCAUGUACGUUUUGUUGGUACCACAGUCGAAGAACGAUAGAGUUGUGCCCGUGAUCUGGCUGUCUGGGUUGAAGAGAUGCACUUCUUCAGUCACCAACGCUUCACCGUCUCGCAAACGAUCAGCCGAGAUCACUACCACUUCAGGACCCAAUGCUGGGGCGAAUAGAAGCGAAUUAGAUAAUCAUAACCGCAUA